AGAGACACACACACACCCAUCCUGAUCCAGCUCGAUCUAACCGAUCGAUUCAUCAUCAACAAUUCACAAGAACUCCAUCACUUACAGUGCAAAUCAAGCUGAUUUCAUCAGACAAAUUUCACUAAUAACUAGCUUAGCUGCCGUAGAGCCGUGUGCGAUCAAGAUCGUAUCAUCCAUGGCGUUCUACAAGUACGGCUUCGCCUUCUUGGCCGGCACCGGCUUCGGCGCCGCGCUCACCAGCCUCCGCCGCGACGGCGACAGCUGCUGCCCCAUGCGCCGCCGCCGCCGCCGCUGUCGCCGCCACCACCACGACGACGACGACCAGCUGGUCGACGGCGACGGCGACGGCGAGGCUGCAGGGGAAGAGCGAGACAUGAAGGAGAGCAAGAGGGCGACGACGACGACGAAUCCGAAGGCCAAGAAAGGCAGCAACAAGGAGAAGAAGGCAGCUGCUAGUGUUGCUAGGGAGGAGGAGGAUGACGAUGAUGAAUAGGAUUAAUUUGAGUUGAUUAUUAAUUAAGUUCAGUUUGAGUUCAGCUAUUAUAUAUUUUUAGGUGCUUGAUUCCGUUGCUGUGCCAGUUUAAUUGUGCUUGUUUAGCUCUGUACUCGUUAUCCUGUUGUGUGUAUUGACAAAAAUAAGAGAAUAUACAUAUAUACCUCUCUGUUGUUAAAAAAUAA